AGAAUUAACAGAGUGAAAAAAAAAUGAGAAUGCAGCUCACUAAAAUCGUUGGAAAUGGUCGUUUAACCAACUUAGUGUGGCCAAAAUCUGUGUAUUCAUCGUCAUUCUUGAAACCCCUAUUUCAUCAACGCUCUUUGUCGGAGUAUUCCACUCUUUCGAGUUCCCAUUUAUGGAAAAUGUGCAGUCCCAAUGGCGUUAGAGUUAGAGGGACGAUCCAAAGUGGGGCUUUUCCCAGCUCCCUUCUUGCAAGAAGGGUUUUCUCAAACGCACUUUUGCAGGGGCGACGCAGAUUUCCUGUUAAGCAUUGUAACAGAAGAUCAUUCAGCUCCUUUCCCUGGAGUUCAUUUUUAAGAAGGCUUACAACCAAUGGAGUUGUGCUAGGAUUGAUAGUGACAAAUGCUGCCGUCUUUAUACUAUGGAGGGUUGCAGGCAUUCCGUUUAUGGUGAAGAAUUUCACGAUUUCUGUAGACAACAUUCUAAGUGGCCGGCUGCACACGCUAAUUACCAAUGCUUUCAGUCAUAUAAACCAGUUUCACAUUAUUUCAAAUAUGAUCACACUGUACUUCUUUGGAACAGCUAUAGGACGAUAUUUUGGACCGCAAUAUUUGCUGAAGUUGUAUCUAGCUGGUGCACUUGCUGGCUCGAUCUUCUAUGUGGCAUAUAAGGCUUUCAUAGCACCAUUAGUCCAUAAGAAUGAUAAGCGAGGUCUUCCGCACUCAAUGGAUCCAGCACUGGGUGCAAGUGGUGCUACGACUGCAAUAUUGCUGCUCUAUAUAUUUCUGUUUCCAAAAAAGACCAUCUUGAUCGAUUUCAUUAUACCAGUUCCUGCUGUUUUAGUGGGGGUUCUUUUCAUUGGCAAGGACAUUUUGAUGGUACUGCAGGGUGACCGAGAUGUUGCGGGAUCUGCUCAUUUAGGUGGAGCAGCAGUGGCUACCGUUGCGUGGCUGCAGAAGAGGAAGGGACGGUUUGGACGAUUCUGAGAUUCAUGACUCAGUUAUAGAGUAGAUUCAUGGUGUUCUUGCAAUUUCCUGCUCUUUUGCAUUCCCUGCUCGAGCUGAAUUCGUGCCAGAUCUAAUAUUAAAACGGGACAGGUGCUUAUAAAUACACGAACUAAACCCUAAACCCUAAACUUUCGUGUCAUUCUAGUUUUGAGCAUAAACAAGUUGUCUCUGAGUGAACGGAGAUAACAUUCAUUUACAUGACUAUAUUUUUAUCAAUCCAAUGAUUCUCAUCCAAUUUAUGGUGGAA